AUGCGAACAAGAAAAAACAAAUCAAAAAGUAAAACUUAUCAAAAUUAUGUAAGCAAGAAAAAAAUUAAUAAAAAUGGAAAAUCAGAUGUAGUUUGUGAGUAUAAAACUAAGUUACAUAAAAAUAAGAAUAAAAAUAAUGAUCUUUCUGACUCAUUAAAAAAUGAGGAUAAUUUUUCUGAAUCAAAAGAAAAAGAAAUAGAUGAUUGUGAUGAUUCAUAUGCAUUAUCCUCUUAUAAAGAUGAUGAUUCGUCUUUUGAAGAUUGCAGUGAUGUUUAUAAAAAAUCAAAAUGGGAUUCUAUUAAGAUUAAAUUAAAAAAAAAAGAACAAGUCUAUAAAAAAGGUAAAAGAAAAAAUUCUGAAAAUUAUAUUGAUGAUAGAAUUAGAAGUUUACUGAAUGAAAAAAUAGAUUUUUAUGAUAUAGACUUUUUUAAAUACUUAAGUUAUUUAAAUGACAAAAAUGAAAAUGAAGAUUUAUUAAAUUUCAUAAUAUCAGAAUUUUCAAAAGAAAUAAAUAUAAAGAACCAAUUUAAUAAAAGUACUACUAAAAAAAAUUGUUAUAAAGAAAAAAAUGUAAUUAAUAUAAAAGAAAAUAUUGAAAUUGAAUAUAUUUUGAACUAUGAAGAUAAUAAAAAUUUAAGAAACAUAUUUUUUUUAGAAAAUAUUCAAAUAGACUUUAGCAAUAAAAAAAUAGAUGUUCUUCCAUUUAAAAGUGAAACAAUAGUUGAAAAUGUAAAAAUAAAGAAAGUACAAAAAAAAAGAUCGAAUUUUAGGAAUCAGCAGAAUUUAGAAGGUAAUCAAAAAAUUACAGAAAAUAGAGAUGAGUUGAAAAUAUGUUUAGAGAAAAAGAAAUUAAAAAUUGGAAAUCAUAUUUAUAUAAAUGAUAUGUGUAUUUCUUUAAAUUCUUAUGUAACAAAGUUUUUAUAUUUUUUAUUGAUAUGUGAUUACUUAUAUAAAGACACAACAGAUAAUGAAAAAGAAAAAUUAUAUAAAACUUUUAAUAUGAGACUAAUUAUAGAAAAAAUAGAUAAAGAAUUAUCAAAGGAUUUAACUUUAGAAAAUAUUUUUUUAAGCUUAUGUUCUCCUAUAAUAUAUCUUGAUUUUAGUGAUAACAUCAAUAUUGUAAGUUUUUUAUCUUAUUAUUUGUGUGAAAAUAAUAAAAAUGAAAGUAUUUAUGAAAAUAAAGAAGGUAAUGAUGAAGGAAAUGAUGUUUUUGAUGAAAAAGGGGAAAGUAAUGAUGAACCAGAAAAUGAAAAUACUGACGUGCCAUUAGAAAAUGGCGAUAAAAACAAAUAUGUAUAUGAAUUAAUGGAUGAUUUAAUUUCAAAAUGCUUCAAACUUUUCAAUGGUAGUUUAUUAGGUAUUAGUGUUUGCAGUUAUUUAAAUAAUUUCAUGUUUUUUAAUUCAACCAAAAAGAGUAGAAAUUUUAUUUUUAUAUAUUUUAUAUCUGAAUAUAUGUGUAAGCCUAUUUUUGUGAAUAUUAUUGAAAACAAUACAGUUUGUAAAAAAUUAUCUUGGAUAAAAUUUGAUAGCAUUUCUGAAAAAAAAAGAGAAAACGAAUAUAUUUAUCUUUUAUUAUGUUUAUUGGGAAAUAAGAUAAAAAUAUAUGGAAUAUCUAAAUAUAAUUUUUUUGUUAAUAUUUUAUUGUCUACAAAAAAUGAAGAUUAUAGUAUUGAAUAUAUAGAAAACAAUCUUUUAAAAAAAAAUAAAUUGAAAAAGUUAUUUACGUAUAAAAGCAGUGACAUUUUAAAUGAUUUUUCAUAUAGCAUUUGUAUAAAAAAUAAUAAAAGAUUUUUAAGGCUAGCUGUAUGCUAUAAUAAUUUUAAAAUAAAGAUAAUAAAUAUUAGUUUAAAUGAGAUAAAUAAAAAUAAAAUUAAUAAUAUAAUAGAUAAAUCAAAAACUUUAAAUAUAUCAUUUCAAAGUUGUAACAAUGAUUUAGGUUUUAUUUUUAAGAAAAAUGAGAAUAUUAAGAUAAAAUAUAAAUGGCAAAUGAAUGAAAGUAAUAAAGAUAAUAUGAAAGAUGAUAGAAAUAUGAGUGAAUUGAAGGAAGAAGAAAAAAAAGUAUAUAUGGAAAAAUAUGAAAUAAAUGUUUAUGAAGAUUUAAUUUUUUUACAGCAUGGUAUAUUAUCUCUAUGUUCCUUUUAUCCGUGUAUUAAUUCAUAUCUUCUUUGUGUUUGUUCAAAAGAAGGAAAUGUUGUAAUAAUAGAUAUAAGGAAUAAUAAUGAACUUUUUUUUUUUAAAAGAAAAACAGAAACAGUUUCUCAUUUAAAAUGGUAUAACAAUAGCUGUAUCUUAUUUGGUCAAGAUAAAGGAUGUAUAUUACAUUUAUUUGAAAAAAAGUAUAUUUUAAAUAUUGAUAAAACUAAUAAUAAUUUAAUAGACAUUUUAUGUUUAAAUAGCUUUAUAUUGAAUGAUAUUUUUAUGUUUAUAUUUGAUGAUGGUACAAUAUUAAAUGGAAAAUUAAAAAAAAGUAAAUCAAAAGUUAAAUACAAAGAAUUCUUUAUAUGGAAAACAAAAGAUUUUGAAUUAAAUCCUCACAAUUUAUUAAAAAUUAGUUGUAUAAAAAAUGAACAAGCCCAUUUAGUUUCAUUAAUAUUACUUUAUGAAUAUUUGCAAGGUUUACAGAAUAUUUUUAAUAAUGGUAUUAAAAUAAUAAAGUCCAAUAAAUAUGAAACUAAAAUAAAUAAAAAAACAAUAGCUUUAACACCAAAAUCUAUAUCUUUUGCUAAUUUUGAUAAAAACUAUGUUAUAGCAUGUGGAAGUGCAAGUGGUUUAGUCCAUUUAUUCUCAAGAAUAAAAGAUAUGUAA